AUGUCUUCAACUGGACACUGCUUCGAUAAUAGUAGUGCGAUUAAUCAGUCGUUAAAGGAAUUUGAACGUCGUCAACAAUUAUUUGCUAGCAAACAUAAAAUUCCUUCUGAUGAAUUAGAUUCUCUGUCUGAUCCACAUCUACUUAAAGAAUUUGACGUAUAUUGUAGUGAAAGUGGCCUAGCUGGUAAUGGAGCACUUAUGCGCUUGGCUCCUGUUCCUCUUUUCUUUUAUCGAUAUCCUACUGAUGCCAUCGAGUUUUCUGGAAUUAGUAGUGCAAUUACUCAUGGUGAUUCGAAAGUUUAUGACUCUUGCCGCUAUUAUGGUGCUUUGAUCGUGGCUGUUCUUCGGGGUGAAACAAAACAACAAUUACUGGAUGAUAACUUUUAUUUAAACCAUAAAUCGUGGUUCAAUAACAAGCCACUUACUCCAGAUGUGAUGAAAGUUGCCCAAGGAUCUUACAAGAAAGCCGGUGGAUAUCAUGAUGGCAUUCGAGGCAAAGGAUACAUUGUUGAUGCUCUCGAAGCUGCAUUAAGGGCUUUUUAUUACGAUGAAGAUUCCUUUGAAAAAGGCGUUCUCGACGCAGUCAAUCUUGGAGGUGAUACUGAUACAACGGCUGCUAUUUAUGGCCCAUUGGCUGGCGCCUACUAUGGUUUUGACAAUCUACCCAAAAAAUGGAUAUCACAGGUUGAUGCACAGAAUUUUAUGACAUGUUUAAGCAAAUGGAUCAUUUAUGAAGGAGAGUUAUGGCAGCCAAAGUUUUCUAUAUCGAGUAGAUCAGAACCGAAUCCACAAUCUCAGUUAAUGGUUCCUUUAAAAUUUACGAAUGCAUUGAAUUCAACGUCAGCCAUGAGGCCAGAGCAUAUACAAGUAUCAUCUCUGACACUUAAUGAACUAUCUUCUAGCCAGUCGAUAGUCAAGGAACCAGCGCGUCCGUCACAUACAACCACAUAUGGCAUUUAUGGAACUUCUCUAGGACCACAAUCAACUACGAGUUUGAAGCCGAGAGCAACACCAGGUCUGUAUGACUAUGUUGGUGGCACACGAUCUACCACUAGUGGCCUCUUGAAUUCUGCGUAUACUGUUGGAAAGCCAUCUAGCUAUGGUGGUAUGUUAAGAUAUCGUCCGAGUGACCUGAUAGGGUUUCGUUAUGGUGGCAACAUGUUACCUAGUGAUAAUUUUGUUGCAGAAGUAAACGAUGGCUAUCACAGUUCAUCUUGGGACACAGGACUUGCAACUCACAGAACACAUCCAUUUUUGAAUGAUUGGUCACAGAGCUGGCUUCCACCAAUUUCAUCUCCGCCAACGUCGUAUUACUCUCCUAUGACACGAAGUUUUCACAGAUUUUAA